ACAGUUCCAGUUUCCUCCUAAUACUGUCCUAGUGAGUGCUGUGUAUGCAGUAUCACUCUCAAAGCCUCUCCUCAAACGACUCAAGUUAGAGAUACAGCACUGCGUUGAUUUAAGAGGACGACCAGAUCUUGCACAAUACUUAAAGUUUGCUAUAGCUCCAGUCGACACACCCAGUCUUCCUUACCUGUUCAAAUUUGUGGAAGGAGGAGAGUUUAGCUCUAGUGGUGGGUAUGGAUUCAUUGAGCGUAAAGAUUUUUGUCUUGUAUCUAUUUGUGGCUGUGAUGGAGGAGGUAGUACAGGUUCUUCAUCAGAAGUUUCAUCUAAUUUAGCUGAUCCAUUAUCAGAACCUGGGCCCAGUAUGAGAACAAGAAACUCAUUAUCAUUUAGCUCUGCAGGAGGUAAUGAUGCUUUGCCUCAGGAUCCAGUGUCUCAACAGCAAGAAUCAGCUAGUACUGGAAGUAUACCUAAAGAAAUAUUGAAAGCUGUGACAUAUGCUGGUCUGAUUUAUUAUGAAGAGAAAGGUGUAGAGGAUCAGGUGACAUUCACUACAGCUAAGAAUUUGAAUGCUCUUGUUGAGUAUAUUGAAAGAAAGCAUUCUGAAGCUGAAAUGGGACCUCAUAAAUACUUUCGUAUUGCAUCUCCUGAUGGUUUUAUUGAAUUGAAGUUUGGUACUCGACAGAAGAAGUCUUGUAAAGGAUGGACUAUUGAACCUCACAUAGAACCUUGCAGACUGCAUCAAAGGAACAUUUACAAUUUUGGUGACAAAGAUUAUUCUCUUCCUCCGUCUUGUCUGAUAUCAAUCUAUUCAUCACCUAAUGCUGUUCCUACAUUACACUACUCUGUACCAGUAGAGGGUGUGGCUGAUCCUGUUUCAUUUUAUAUUCACAGAUCACGAAGAACAGCUCAUCCUAUUGCAGCUGCUCCUAGCAGUAGUGGCAGUAAUGAAACUACACCAACGCCAACUAAAAGAAGAAGAGAAGGAGGUUUUGAUAUUAAAACAGCUAAACAAAAGAUCAAGCAAGUUAUGAAUGAGAAUUAUUCAAGUUUUGCCAAAAUUUUGGAGAGCUCUCUGAAAGAAAUUGCGAACAAACUAUUUGAGGCUAAAAUUAUUGCUGAGCAGGUUCAAAAGUCACCAACUUAUGAUGCCAUAGCCUCAAGUUUCCUAGCUAUGAUGGAUUUAUUUGACUCUAAGUCUGACCUCGAGAAGCAUUGUAUGAAGUAUCUAGAGGCUCUGUCUAGUGUUGGGGGACCAAUAGAAUUUGCUGCUAAUCUCUUGAGGGAAAAAUGGACAACAGCUCUUGAGGGUACACUUCAGUUUGAACAGUCUGUGAAAAGAGUUAGAACUAAAAGAUGAAUGAUGUUGCACUUUAAUAAUGAUUUUAAU